UCCCUAGAUUCUGCGCUCCCGGAUGACCCAACACCCAACGUAUAGCGCUCCGUCCAUUUCAAAUGCCUAAUUUUGCACUCUCUCUCAAACUCUCACAGACACACACGCACUAUUGCAGCAGCACACAGACCCGACCUCGCUUUUUGGGUCCAAAAAAAAGUCAGGUAUAUAGGGUUUUUUUUUUGGAACACUUCGGCAUCUCAAAGCCCCACCGAACUCCCGAACCUGCUUCUCUCCCGAGUCUCGGCGUCUCCGGUGUUUCAAGCUCCACCCAGCCCCCACUGCCGAGCUCCACCUCCAGCCUUUCAAGUUUCAAGCCCUACCCAGCAACCUGCAACUAGCAAUUUAGCAAACCCGUCUCCGGUCUCCGAGUGGAGGCUCCAGGGGCGGACAAUGCCGAAUUGCUGACCGGCACUUCAAGUCUUCAAGCUGCAAGUUUUGAUCUUGAAUGCUUGAUGUUGAAAUGGGUUUGACUGUUUGAUAACUCGAUUUCCAUUUAAUUAAGUUUGUAACAACUUGUAUCAGACUAUCAGUUGCACUCGGUCACUAAGGUUAGUGAGGAGAAGCAGAGGCCACAAUUCCGUUGAGAAAGGUUGAAAGAAAAUAAGGGUUUCGGUUUCUGUUAGCAAGUCAUUAUGUGUGAUGUAAAUGAUGGUCUGUAGAUUAUCGACUUUGCUGUUGAACGUAUGCAUAUCUUCAUUUUGUAAAGUCCGGCUAUUGGGGAGAGCGGAGGCCGUUAUAAUUGAUGGUAUAAGAUUAGGGGUGAUUCCAGAUGUAGUCACUUACAAUACUUUGGUUCAUGCAUAUUGUCAGUUUGUUAGCGUAGAUGCGGCUUAUUCCGUUGUUCAUAGAAUGAAAGAAGCUGGGAUAAGUCCGGAUGUCGUUACUUACAAUUCUUUGAUAUCCGGGGCCACCAGGAAUCGCUUAUUAUCUCGAGUCCUGGAUCUGUUUGAGGAAAUGUUACAGGAAGGUAUACAUCCUGAUGUGUGGAGUUACAAUAUUCUGAUGCACUGUUUCUUUAAGUUAGGGAAACCUGAUGAAGCCAACAGAGUCUUCCAGGAUAUUUUACUUAGCGACCUCACUCCUCAUGCAGCUACAUUUAAUAUUAUGAUUAAUGGUCUUUGUAAAAAUGGGUACACGGACAAUGCUCUUAUGUUAUUUAGGAAUUUACAACGUCAUGGAUUUGUUCCCCCGUUAGUGACAUACAAUAUUCUUAUCAGUGGGCUUUGCAAGGCACGUAGAGUGGGGCAAGCGAGGAGAAUUCUAAAGGACCUUGGAGAAUCAAGUCAUAAGCCAAAUGCCGUAACCUACACUACAGUUAUGAGUUGCUGCUUUAGGUCUAAGCAAUACGACCAAGGGCUUGAGAUUAUGUCAGAGAUGAAGAGUAAAGGGUAUACAUUUGACGGCUUUGCAUACUGCACAGUCAUUGCCGCUUUACUUAAGACUGGAAGGAUGGAAGGAGCAAAUGCUUUCAUGGAACAGAUGAUGAAUAGUGGCAUUGAAAUGGAUUUGGUGUCUUAUAACACCUUACUUAAUAAGCUUUGUAAAGAAGGCAAGGUUGAAGCUGCCUAUAAGUUGUUGGAUGAAAUAGAAAAUGGGGGCCUUUUGUGUGAUAAGUAUACCCAUACAAUCAUGAUUGAUGGAUUGUGUAAGGCGGGCAAUAUUGCUGGUGCUCAACAACAUUUACAUUAUAUGAAUAUGAUGGGAUUCCAGGAAAACUUGGUUGCCUUUAACUGUCUGAUUGAUGGCUUGGGUAAAGCUGGUGAAAUUGAUCGUGCAAUGGAAUUGUACAAUUCAAUGGAGACUAGGGAUUCUUUUACCUAUGACUCCUUGGUGCUCAAUCUUUGCAAGGCUGGAAGGGUCCUUUGUGCAUCUAAGCUUAUGAUGAAAUGUUUAAGAGAGGGAAUGAUAUUACUCUACUCUACCAGGCGAGCACUCCUUGAUGGGCUUCGUUCUUCAGGGUUUACAAAUGAAGCAAGAAAGCUUCAAUCAAAAAUUCGGUUAGCUCGGCUGUUACGUUAAUAAUUUGGUAUUUUUGCUGCUGUAAAUGACAUACCCUGAAGAAUUAUGUGAACCACCGCCCCCACUCUAGUUAUUUUUGUAAGCAUCUGAUGAUUUGGGUGAUAAGCUUGCUCUACAACAUACAUUAUAAAUGGUGGAGAGUACUGUUGAAUCUGAAGCAAGGUGGCUUUACUAACCUGUAAUGCUCUACAUCUAGUCUGCUGGUCCUGCUGGGUUCUGCAACUUUAAGACACUGCUUUUAGUGAACAAACUACUCCCAUACCAUGUAAGACUGGGCAAGUCAUUGACGCCAGUUUCUUCAGGGCCUACUGGGAUGCUGGUUUGCAUUGUUGAGAGUCAGUUCAGAUAAAACUGAGAACUCUAACCCAGAGAGGGAAGCAUGUAUAUUGAAUUCUUUUCGUGUGAGUAAUUGUUCACAUGAAAUUAAUAAAUCGGUUUCUUACGUACAUUUUAUGGUUGGACCAGACCAGAGAGGGAUAAAAGGUUGAGUCCAUUUUCAAAAAUGGUUUUGAUUCCUAAAAGAGAAAAAUAGAAGUUUAACUCCACUUCCUACAGUAAUGAUUACAAACUUAUUUCCGUUUUAUAAAGAUAAUAAUAUGAAGUCAUUGAAUA